AUGGCGUCGUUGUCUUCCUCAACACCGGGCCACGCCUAUGAAAUUCCCUGGGUGGAAAAUUACAGACCCACUAAAGUGGUCGACAUUGUUGGCAACGAAGACGCCGUUUCUCGGCUCCAAGUCAUAGCUCGCGAUGGCAAUAUGCCAAGCCUUAUCUUAUCUGUGAGAAUCCCGUCCCUUCCGGUCUCAUGUCACCUCAGACGCACACAAAACAUUCCUCAAAAGAUGGUAGGCGGUUCUUUUGAAAAUUGGGAGAAAGAUCACAUGUUGGCUGGGGAAGAGCCGGUAGUGGUGAAUUUGCGUUCACUGGGUCCUCCUGGGACCGGAAAAACCACCAGCAUAUUGGCCCUUGCACAUGAACUGUUGGGACCAAACUUUAAGGAGGCAGUUUUAGAGCUAAAUGCAUCUGAUGACAGGGGAAUUGACGUAGUGAGAAACAAAAUUAAGAUGUUUGCUCAAAAGAAAGUUGCACUACCCCCUGGGGGCACAAAAUAA